AAUCACAUUUAGUUCAGCUCAGCAACGACUGCACCAAACCUUUCACCCCGACGUGUGUGUGUUUUAGUGUGAGUGGAACUUCAGUCCCUUUUAUCUUGUCCUGGAGGACUGUCCCAGCCGAGCCCAGGACCUCCACCAGCAGGCCUGUUUGAAGGAUUUGUUUUUUACACACUGCCACAGUUCUGUCUGAACUCCAGACGUUUUUUAAGAUGCCGCUGUCACGUUCCCUCUCCAUGACGUCCCUGAGCGGGGUGCUGCCGGCCUGGGAGGAAGACGAGCUGCCUGUGGAGGACCUGCUGCUCUUCGAGGUGGCCUGGGAGGUCACCAACAAAGUCGGAGGAAUCUACACGGUGAUCCAGACCAAAGCCAAGAUCACAGUGGAUGAAUGGGGGGAGAACUACUACAUGAUGGGGCCCUACUUCGAACACAACUUUAAAACCCAGGUGGAGGGCUGCGAGCCACCGAACCCCGCCAUCAGGAAGGCUAUGGACGCUCUCAUCAACAACGGCUGCCAGGUUCAUUUCGGCCGCUGGCUGAUCGAGGGCAGCCCCUUUGUGAUCCUGUUUGACAUCGGCUCCGCGGCCUGGAACCUGGACCGCUGGAAGGGGGACCUGUGGGAGACCUGCAAGAUAGGCCUGCCCUACCAUGACCGAGAGGCCAACGACUCGCUCAUCCUGGGCUCCCUGAUCGCCUGGUUCUUCAAAGAGUUAACAGACCAGCUGGGGGACAAGCCCAACGUCGUCUGUCAUUUCCACGAGUGGCAGGCCGGUCCGGGGGUUAUUCUCACUCGCUCCCGCAAGAUUCCCAUAGCAACUGUCUUCACUACGCACGCCACCCUGCUGGGACGAUAUCUCUGUGCUGGGAGUGCUGACUUUUACAACAACCUGGACAAGUUCAAUAUUGACAAGGAGGCGGGCGACAGGCAGAUCUACCAUCGUUACUGCAUUGAGAGAGCGGCGGUCCACUGUGCUCACGUCUUCACCACCGUCUCCGAGAUCACUGCUGUGGAAGCCAGCCACAUGCUGCACAGGAAGCCAGAUGUGGUAACCCCGAACGGGCUGAAUGUGAAGAAGUUCUCGGCCAUGCACGAGUUUCAGAACCUGCACUCCACCAGCAAGGCCCGCAUCCAGGAGUUUGUCCGAGGACACUUCUACGGUCAUCUAGACUUCGACCUGGAGAAAACCCUCUUCUUCUUCAUCGCCGGGCGCUAUGAGUUUUCCAACAAGGGAGCUGAUAUCUUCAUUGAAUCGCUGUCCAGACUCAACUACCUGCUGCGGGUCCACAAAAAUGAUGUGACGGUGGUAGUUUUCUUCAUCAUGCCAGCUAAAACCAACAACUUCAAUGUGGAGUCACUGAAGGGACAGGCAGUACGCAAGCAGCUCUGGGAUACAGCUCACACUGUGAAGGAGAAGUUCGGUAAAAGACUGUAUGAAGCUCUGUUAAAAGGGCAGAUCCCCGACAUGGACUCCAUCCUGGAUCGAGACGACUUCACCAUCAUGAAGAGAGCCAUCUACGCCACCCAGAGACACAGUCUCCCUCCGGUGACCACUCACAACAUGCUGGAUGAUUCAACGGACCCGAUCCUCUCCAACGUCAGACGCAUCGGCCUCUUCAACUCCAGGAAUGACCGCGUCAAGAUUAUCUUCCACCCUGAGUUCCUGUCCUCCACCAGUCCUCUGCUGCCGAUGGACUACGAGGACUUUGUCCGUGGCUGUAACCUCGGAGUGUUCCCCUCCUACUAUGAACCGUGGGGAUACACACCUGGUGAAUGUACUGUGAUGGGCAUUCCCAGUGUCACCACCAACCUGUCAGGGUUCGGCUGCUUCAUGGAGGAGCAUGUGUCAGACCCUGCUGCCUAUGGUGUUUACAUCGUGGACCGGCGCUGCUGUUCGCCCGAAGAGUCCUGCAACCAGCUGACCCAGUUCAUGUUCAGUUUCUGCAAGCAGUCUCUGCGCCAGCGCGUCAUCCAGCGGAACCGAACCGAGAGGCUGUCCGACCUGCUGGACUGGAGAUACCUGGGACGGUUCUACAUCCACGCCCGCCAUCUCGCACUCAACAGAGCUUUCCCAGACAAGUUCAAGAUGGACCCCAUGGCCCCUCUGAAGACGGAGGGUUUCCGUUACCCGCGGCCCUACUCGGUGCCGCCCUCUCCCAAUGCCUCCCUCCACUCUACCCCCCACCACAGUGAUGAGGAGGACGAUUACGAUGAAGACGAGGAGGCCGAAAGGGACCGUCUGAACAUCAAGGCUCCCUUUGUGCUGGGUUCCAUGUAGGGAUGUCACCAUUUCAGUCUUUUCUCAAUACGAUCAUCAUGGUAAAAAAAAUAUAACGAUAUUAUCGCGAUAUCAUUAAAAAGAAAAAGACGCAAUCACUUAAAAUACAUCUUUAACUUUAUUUGGUCCAAUGUCUGUUUGUUUUCUUUCCAAAACAACGGAUACCAGUGUGUUUUACAUGGUGAGUGUGUCUGAACUGAAUAAACAAAU